AUGUUACUUAUCUUUCUCGUGUCUUUGGUCCUCUCACAGACAUGUAAAACGCCGAUUAACAUUGAUGAAAUAUCAACAACACACUUUGCCGAGGAAACUCACAAUUUGGAAACUGAAGGCGUCAAGAAUAAAUGGAGCUGCCAACAAGUCGAUUCCGAAGUCCACGAAGAAAAGGCUAUGACCUUUUCUUUCACAGUAAAAACAACUGGUCUUUACGAGUUGAGCACAUGCAACUCACAGACGGACUUUUCCUCGAGAAUCAUCAUUGGAAAGAGCUGUACUGAAGAAGUCGCCUCAAACUGUGUCGGAGCCAAUGACGGAGACCCCAAUGGCGUCUGCGAUGGACACAGAUCAAGGGUGAUUGCCAGUUUGAACUCUGGUGUUGUAUACUACACCGUUAUUGCAGGUGUCACCGAAAAUGACUUCGGAACAUUCAAGCUCACUAUAAAACCUUACAACAACCCAAGUAGUAUCAAGUGCUCACUUGCACUGAACAUUGGAACAGUUCCAAACUCGGUGAAUGGACUUAUCUCUUCGUCCCAACAAUAUUUCCCAACCAAACAUGGUUUCAAAAGAGGGUUCUGGUUCAAAUUCACAGCGACUCAGAAAACGCACAUCAUCGACACGUGCAAUAAAAACACACAGUAUGGAACCACUAUCUAUUUGUACAAGAAUCCGACAACCUCGAAAGAGUGUAUGAGUGAUAUGCCAAUUGUAGAAUCGUCAGAGGGAUGCGGUAGCUUCGCAAAGUUGUACUACGACAACUACGAAGUUGGAAGCGAAUACUAUGCCUUUGUGUUCUUCACGGAGGAUGUCAGUGGAACUAACCAACUCGAGGGUUCGCUUGAAAUCAGCUUUAGAUUGAAUGGUGGAGAGAACUAUAAGUGCCAGAAUGCAUUCGCCAUCAGCAAGAAGCCAUUUAGUAUUCUCAUUGAUAUGAAAGGACAGACCAACAAUUCGUCUCCAUGUGCUCUCAACACGCCCGCCACAGGAAUGUACUUCGCUCUCAGAGGCGACAAUAGAAGAUACGCGUUCCACACAUGCUACACUGAGUCGACUGGAAACGACAAAACAUCAAUUGAGUUCUAUAAGGAUGGGUGCGCUAAUUGCGCCUCUACGUCGACACAGUCUUGUGGUAACGACGCUAUUGUAACAGCUUUCUUGGAAUUGAACAAAAUUUACAGAUUCAGAGUUGUUUGCAGCAACCCAGAGUGCAAAGUUAAUAUUAAUUUGUUGCAACUGGACAAUGUCGAUAACCAUGUUUGUGAUAAAGCCAGAGAAGUCAAGGUUGCCAAAGACGAGCAGUACUCACAGUUUAUGAUGGGAUCUUCGGUGACUGAGUACACCUCUUUCAAAUGUCCAGGCGCACCCAGUGAUGUUUACAGCAAAGAUAUGAAAGGUGGGUGGUACAAAUUGAAAAGUGAAGAGGACAUAGACAUUGUCCAUGGUGUGUUUGCUUUAAAGAACACUCACUAUCGUGCUUUUAUGGCUACUUUCGACGAUUGUGAAAAAGACUGCAAGUUAAUGAGAACAAAAGACGCAGUCUUUGUUUCUGACACAUUGAAGAAGGGUAAAGAUCUCUAUGUCUUUGCGUCGUCUGUCAGGGAGGCUGUUUGGACCGGACCACAGUAUGGCGCUUUUAUGUAUUGGAUGUUGGCUAAAGAAAGCCUUGGACAUACGUUCUCAGACGCUUAUGAAGUUUCAUCACCAUACAGCGGAAUAUUCCCAUUGGGCCCGGCAUUAAUGAGACCACUUUGUACACACCAGUCAUUCCCCAAUCUUGGACAGAUCGCUGGGUUAAUCGUCAAAUACACAAAUACAAACAGUAAGACGUUGACCAUCUCCACAUGCGGAACGGAAACAUUAGUUCCGACUAUUAUGGAUAUUGUCAGCGAAACAAACGGAAAACAAAGUUGCUCAGAGGAAGUUGAAACAUUAACUUGUGGAAACGGAAACACUAUUACAAGCGCGCUCAAUGGAACAUCGUAUGCAACCGUGUUUGUGCACCCAAGUUACACAGUGACUGAAGGUGUAGUUAGACUCAACAUAUACGAAAACACAAAAGAAGCAUCAUCCCGGUGUACUGCUGCCGAGGAAGUGACCGUCCCAAGUGUUCAUUACUCCUACACUGAAAAAGCCGACUCAACCCGUGGGAACUGUUUAAUUUUGGCCGAUGGAUUGAAAGGAAAGUGGUUUACAUUUACAUCGGAGAAAGACGUGUCUUUGAUGAUCAAAACAGACGACAUCUCGACCUUCAAUACACAAAUUGGAGUUUAUGACUCUUGUGAAGUUGUUGCGGAAGAUUCAGUUGCUGGCAAGUGUGUUACUGGGACAAACUUCAUUAGAUCCCCAGUCGGUAUUCACGGCACUUUACUCACAUUCGAAGCGAAGAAAAACAAAAAGUACUUCAUUUUUGUUGGAGGUGCUUUGAACUCGGACUCUGGAUUCAUGAGAGUCGUCUUUGAUUAUUACGACGAGGACGGACUUACAGGAGGACAGAUAUUUGGUAUAGUCUUUGCUGUUGUAUUCUUGGUCAUUAUAAUCGCCGCGUUUGCUGCGUUUGUUGGAUACUUGGGAUACAAGAAGUACCAGAGUAAACACAACGCAUCAACAUUCGGUACUUUCUAA